GCUGGCACGGCGGUCGGUACUUAGUGAAAUGCUACGGUGCCUUUACGACAGUGUGGUGGUCGUUGUGUUUUUCUCACUGGUUGCAAGAUCUUCGGAAACUGAAAUAAAAUGUGAUACAAAGACAGAAAAAAACUUUUGUCUGCGGUACUUCUCAUACGCAGCGACUUUUAAAGAUGCUCAGAUUGAAUGCAAACAACAUAACCUCUCUCUAGUUACUUUAUCUACAAAAUCGCAGCAAGAAUUUCUGAGGGAGUUUCAGACAAAUUUUGAUCCUCCAAUCAUCGCAUCAUGGAUUGGCUUAUUUACUGAAAACGGUCAUUUGCGCUGGUCAUCUGGAUAUUCUGCAGUGCCACAAAUUUUUAUUUCUGGCAGGCCGGGAAGUGUCGAAGGAUGUGCUAUGUCUAAUAUAUCCUCAGGAGGUCUUUUUACAUGGGAGUUUAUUCCAUGUGAUACAAAACUAAGUUUUGUGUGUGGCAACAUUCCUCAAAUAUCCUAUCGACAUCCAUUUUCUAAUCAGAGCACUCUUGUCUGCCCUCACGGUUACAAACUGUUCGAUAAAAACUGCUACUUGCUAAGAGAAGUUCCGUCCAGCAGAUUAACGUGGGACAAAGCGGACGAACAGUGUAAAGCCUCAAAUACUUUUGCAUCUCUCGCUACUGUUACAUCACCUAUGGAACAAGAUGCUAUCUCUGUAUUAAUUGCCCGUUCUUCCCAUCCGGUAUGGAUCGGUAUGUAUCUUGAUCAAAGUGAACGUAAAUGGAUUCGUGGUGAUGUUAUCAACUAUACAAAUUGGUAUCCGAAACAAAUACUCGACACUGAAAAGCGAUUAUGUACAAUGAUGCAUCAGCGUCCAUUGCAUCUUGGACAAUGGGAAGAAGUUGAUUGCUCAUCCUCUUUAAAUUAUAUCUGUCAGGUCGCAGCUAAACCUAAAAUUUCAUCUGUUAGCAGCACUAGUGUGUCUACUUCAUCUCUUAUCCUUACUCAAGGUGCAUGCAAAGCUAAUUAUUAUGAAUACAAUGAACGUUGUUAUCAUCUUUAUACUGGUAAUGAAACUGAAAUUUCUUCACUAUGCGGUAUCAAAUUAUCACCUUAUUCUAAUGACGAAACCGCUUUCAUGCGUUUAUUACUACAGACUACUCCUGAUUUAACUGUUGAUCGAGCUUGGACAGGUGUUUCACUUAUGUAUGACUUAAAUUUAAGAUCGAAGUGGGUUUACAAAACAGAGAAUAACGAUUCGUAUUACGCUUCAAUGAUACACGAUUUCUAUAUUUUCUCGUAUAAAAAUGUCAAUCUAUCUACAAGUUCAAAUAGUCGUUUUUGUGUAUCAAUUAAUCGUGACAAUACAAUGAUGGAUGUUUUGCCUUGUUCGUUGAAACUACCAUCAAUUUGUGGAUAUCAUUUGCCAAAUUACAAACACCCAUUACCUCAAGACAGUAAUAAUUCCAUAUCAUCUUGUCCUCCACAUUGGAUUCAGUUUGGACAUAAAUGUUUCUCGCCAAUUCAUGAUACACCUCUUCCAUGGUCUGCAGCGGAAAAGCAUUGUUCUAAUUUCGUUGACGGAAAAGCUCAUUUACCAUCUGUUCACAGUCCAAGUGAAUUAACAUUUAUUAGUAAACUAUACACCGAAGUGAAUGUUUGGCUAGGUUUACAAAUUCAUCAUGAAUUUACAGAAGACAGAUCAUUGGCUUUGAAUAAAUCAAGCUUGUAUUGGUCUGACGAAAGUCCUGUGGACUACUUGUCAUUUGCUCUUGGUGAACCUAGUAGACAUUUUUCGAAUGGUGAUAUUGAAGGUUGUUUCAUAUCACAUAGCCGUACACAUGAUUGGAACGAUGUUAACUGUAACAGUCGUCAUUUAUACUUUUGUCAGUUAUUAUUGACGAAUGUGUCGGCACCGUCACAUGAUCAGCUUCCAGAAGUCGUUAAUAACGAAAUAUGCACAAACAUAUCACGUAAACCCUAUUGUAUACGUUAUAUUUCACAAAUGGCUACUUUUUACGAAGCUGAUUAUGUUUGUCGUAAUUAUAACAUGACACUAGCUACUGUACCUAGUGAAGAGCAUCAAAUGUUUAUUAUGAAUACUCUGAAACAUGAAACUAGUCAUAGUAAUUUGUCUCAGGCUUACAUUGGACUUUUCAAUUCACAUGAUAAUCUAUUGUGGACAUCCUCUUAUGGUGCAGUGCCAUUGACGUUUUGGCAAUUGAGAUUUCAAAAUACUAAAAAGAAAUGUGUUUAUAUCGAUACUAAAAUUAAUGGUUUACAUACAUGGGGGACUAUUUCAUGCUUUAAACCAUUACCGUAUAUAUGUUCAACUGACAUAUCAUCCAAAGUUAACUUAUCGUCUAUCCAAAAAGCCUAUGACAAUAUGCUGUUUUUUAAAUGUCCUGAAGGUUUUAUGUUGGUAUCUGGAAGCUGUUUCAUGAUAAAAGCGAAUAAAAAUGAUGGAGUGGACUGGUUAACUGCUUCUAACUUGUGUCGAACUUUGGAUGCUGAUGCUCACCUAGCCACUAUAUCAUCGAAUGAACAGCAAGAUGGUUUAACUGUUCUUAUGGAUAAUCAACAAUUAUCGGCAUGGAUUGGUUUACGUUCUGAACGAAAUAUUCAUACAUGGAUUAAUCAACAUGAUGUUGUCUAUACGAACUGGCGCCCCACCGAACUAAAUGCUAAUGGAUCUAGUUGUGCUGUAAUGCAUCACGAACUAGAUUUCAUUGGUACAUGGAGUAAUGAACUGUGCAACAAGAAAUUCGGUUAUAUUUGUGAGGUUAAACCAACUAGAACAUUGGAUAAAUCCAACAUGAUACAACUUUUGGGAAUGUUGAAGCAUGGUAAUUGUUCAUCCGAUUUCUAUAUGUUUAAUAAUACGUGUUAUUCUGUGAUGCCACCACGAGAUUCACAACGUAGUAUUGUUGACUUCCAUGAUGAAAUAAGCGGUCAUUGUUCUUUGUUGACCCACGCUACUAAUAUGAAUUGUUUUACAAGUCCUCAAUUAUUGGGUACCAACUUUUGUCCAGUUAUAGCGACUCCACAUAGUCCGGUUGAAGCGGCGUUUAUGCGUCUUCUGUCUAGAACUAUUAGUCCUACUACUAAAAGUAUUUGGGUUGGUUUGAAAAUCAACCAUACAUGGGGUUCGAGUCAUCUACUAUCCGAAGAUAAUUCUUUACAAACAGUUGAAACUAAUUUAAUAGAUUUUUCUAGGCUUUUUCAACAUAAGGACAGUAAAGCGAUUUCACUAAAUAAGGACACUAAUCAAUCAUAUUUUGAUUGUUUCACUAUGCCAAUUCAUGAUGGUAAUUUGAUACAAAUGUCUAAUUGUUCAAUGCAUUUGGAAAGCAUUUGUUCAUACAAACUUGGGAGAAAUCAAUUGCCGACAAAUAUUAAACAGCAACCAGUCGACAUACCAUUAUGUCCAAAAGGUUGGAUAUCAUUCAGAGAGAAUUGUUACUGGUUACCGUCGAUACACAAAAGAAUGAGUUGGCCAAACGCAGAACGUGUCUGUCAAGAAAAGGCCAGUUACUUUGUAAACCACCGAUCAUUAAACAAUGGUCAUCUGGCUUCUGUCCAUUCUCCAGAAGAAUUACAAUUUCUAAUUAACCUAUCAUUAUCAUCAUCAUUCUGGAUUGGUUUGAAAGCCUUUUAUUCCGGUAUUAAACCUACAUCUUCGUUGAAUUUAGUAUGGAGUGAUGGUUCAGUUAUGGACUUCUCUGUAUUUCCUUCAACCGAUACUUCUACCACAUUGAAUGAACUAGAGAAUCCUGAAAAUUGUAUCUCAGUCACUGAUAGACAUCACCGUUAUUCAUGGGAUAUUAAUGAUUGUAUGGAGGAAAAAAGUUUUAUUUGCCAGUUGUCUAAACUGGAUCUGUUACUACAACAACAGCAACGGCAAACUACUGUUAUGGAUGAUAGACGAGAAAUCAAAUCGCCGCUGACUACGACUACUACUAUUACUACAACUUGUACCGAAAAUUCAUUCCCAAUACGUAGUAAAGUUGGUCCAUAUUGUUAUAGUGGAUUGUUGAAUGAUGCAAUAGAUUGGAGCAAUGCUGAAUCAAUUUGUCGUAAUAUGCACGCUAAUGCACAUCUUGUCUCAAUCCAUUCACAUGCUGAAUUAAAUGAAAUUACUGAAAUUAUCCAUCUAGAUUCACAAUCAAUGCGCACUACCUGGAUUGGAUUGUAUGAAUCAAACUUUGCUUACAAAUGGUCUGAUCAAACUGAUAUUAAUUAUAUACCAGUUUCAGCUGACAUCAGUAAAGAGUCGAGACAUUACAUGCAAGAUUGUUUUGUGCUGGAUUCAGUUAAUUCAUCAAUAAACUGGAAAGCUAUGCCAUGUAAGAAACCGUCUUUGAGUUUUAUAUGUAGAUUGAAUUUGAAUCCAUCUACAACGAUAUUACAUCCAACUACAUUUGAUUCAUUAAUAUACCCAACAUGUCCUCCUGGUUUCCGAUUCCAUGGGGACCGUUGCUUCCAAUUGAUAACAGACAAAUUUACGUGGAGUGAAGCCAAUGACAAUUGUCAUCAUAUUGUAAAGCCAUAUGCAAAUUACAAUGGAUCCUUAGCCCGUAUCGACAAUGAACUUGAUCAGCAGUUUCUAGCUAGUCUUCUAGAUAAUCUUGAACCUGAAAAAUCGUCUGCAGUAUGGAUUGGUUUGUACCGUAAUUUAUCACAUGGUUCUCACAGUUACGAUUGGUCAGAUGGUAAAAAGCCUCAAUUCAUCAAGCCAAUUAUAAGAGAUCAUCAACUUUCUGUGUAUGGUCAUACUUUUGUUUCACGACCAACUAUUUCAAUCAAGUCGAAAUCAAUGAGUCUAUGCACGUCAAUGUUUCGUGCAACGGAUCCAAGAUUGAAUGGAAUUUGGCUUCAAUGGUCGUGUGAUGAACCAAUUUAUUUAAGUAGUUUAUGUCAAGCUUCACCAAUUUAUCAAAAUAGACAUGUAAAUCAAAUGUUGCUCUCUCCGUAUCGAACAGAAACAUUUUAUUGUCCAUCGGGUUUCCAGUUGGGCACAACUGGUCUGUUAAAAGUUAAAGGUCAAUCAAUGGCAAAACUUUCUCAACCUAUGUGUUAUCGCGUUUUCAAUCAUGUCACUAAAAUGAACUGGGCUUCAGCAAAUAUGGCUUGCAAAAACUUAAGCACUCCAACAUAUAACGUCAGUUUGCUGACGAUUGCAUCAGUGUUUGAAGCUAGUUUUCUACGUGUAUGGCUUAAUCAACCACGUGAUGUCAGUGGUGGUGGACUGCCAAUUAGUGAAGCAGUUUGGACAGCUUUAAAAGUACCAACUACUUGCCCUGGUUGCUAUGCAAAUUGGACAUGGGAAACCCAUGAUAAUGAACCGGUCAGAUAUACAGAUUGGUAUAAAUCACCGGGUGAAAAUCCCGGUGGUUGUUAUCUGUUUCAUCAAGCACCUUACACCACACUUGAAAAUAACAGAAUUGAUUCAGGUAUAGGCAGUAUACAACUGGCAAGUUCAUGUGAAACACAUCAGUUUGUUGCUUGUCAGACAUUAGCUUUAAUAAAUGAUACAUCAUCAAAAUUAUUGUCUUAUCAUCGUAUUACAUCAAAUGUUGAUGUGCCUUCUACUCCACAUCAUCAACCAGUGAGACCGGAUUGUUUUAAACCAAAAAUAGCAAUGAGUAAAUUUGAGCAUGAUGUUAUAUAUGAAACAAAAAUUAUGCAGUCUGUUACCGGGAGACAAUGUCUUAGAUGGGAUUUAAUUGAUCAUAAUUUCACUGAUGUGUCAUUAGAUUUCAAUUUUAUACGAAAUCAUUUACUGUCUGCUGAAAUGGUUCAUGGUGGCAGUAAUACUUAUUCAUAUGCUGAAAAUUAUUGUUCACAUAUACACGAUGGAAAAACACAAUCUACCAAAUUCGGAUGUUAUAUCAGUAUAAAUCCACCGAUGUUUGAGGUAUCAACAAUUCUCAUGUAUUAUUUUCUUAAUAUUCUGCAUUGAUUAUUUCUUUAUUGGGUUAUGUCUUGCGGCUAGUGGAACACCGAACUAUUGACCCAAUAUUCUCUUUUAUCCACGUACUUUGGUUUAUUUGACCGCCAGUGGUAUCAUCAGCUCUGUCACACUUAGAAGUAUGACUGAAACGUGAUUACAUUUACCUGUUUUUAACAAUUGAGUUAACAAUUAACAAUCAAAUCAUGAUUAAUAUGAACGCAGGAUAAUAAUAAAAACUAAAUUAUAUACAAUGUGCUAUAAUUUUAUUUGUUUAUUUAAUAAAAAUCUAUGUGAAGUAGGAUUGUUAAAUGGUUGUUGGUAGUCGACCAAUAAUCUUGCUUGACUUAUUAUUCGUAUUACUUCUCACUCGUCACCGAGGCAUCAUCUGUAAUCUCGAGGAGACGGAUUACUUUCUAUGAGAUCGGAACCUUUGUAUCACCCUAUUUCACAGUGUGCGAGACGUUACUAUUGAGAUGUUCAGGCUGCGAUUCAGCUCCUGUAAGAAAAAUAUUUACAACUGACUGAUCAUUGAAUAAUAGCCAUUACCAUGUUUUUCCAGUCCUUCUAGUCCCGAUUGAAUUCUAUCGAUUAAUCUGCAGUAUAGUGUUACUAGUCUGAGUGACUCACAUGGACUACGUUUUGGUGUUAGGUUGCACACUCUAUUUCAUGCCACUUAGACUGUUAGCUAUAUUACAACUGGAUCGUUAGAAUUGGCUCAGUCCUAAAAAUCCAAAAGAAGCCUUUGACAUAAUAACUUUUAUUUUUAAAAGUAAAUAUUCCUCAUUGUUAUAAUUUUUAAAAAAAAUUAAAAUCAAAGUUAUUUUUUACGACGGAUCAGAAUCAAUUGGUAUAUUUUUUGAAGAAAACGCAAAGCAUCGGAUAACUAUUUGCUUGUGGUUUUUAAAGUGCCCAAUAAUGCAUGUUCAAUAGUUCAUAUAAAACUUAAAUUAACUAGAUUUACCUUUAAGUUCAUCGUAUUUCAUUGAUGCAUGUAUCUUUAUUAUUACCAACCUAUUUGAUUCCUUGGAUCACUCCAAUUCAUAAAUGCCCUGGGUUGUAUUAUUAGAAGAAUAGUUAGCCGAUAAGAACGAACAAGUCGCUUUAAAAUGAUGUAUCCAACGGAAUGUUGUCUGUCAAACCUAGGCGAUCCGUUUUAGUAACGAAAACAUCGUUAGAUGCUUAAGGUUGGGUUUUAAAUUGGUAUUUAAGGUUAGAGCUAAGACUAGAAUGAGUUUGGAGUUCAGACAUAAGAUUAGGGUUUACAUGGACUAGUCGUAAAACCUUCUCCUAAUCCUAAUCUUCAGUCAACAUCCUUAAUUUUAAACUGUACAUCUCAAUCAUAGAUCGUUAACUCCUAACUCUAAUCUUAAAAUGUAAAUCUUAGUCCUAACAUUAGAUAUCGUUCAUUUAUACUUGCUGUCUACCGAUUGUUUAAAUGAGGUCAAGAAUUCAACAAGGUCACUUAGGUAGCUGUUUAAGUCUUGUCCUUAUAGCUCACAUUUACUUUCAAUUACUUGUAAAGAGUUGAAGAUGUGAAAUGGAAUUCCUCAGUCUCAAUACUUUGUCAUUUUCGUCGGUUUUCCAAAAGACAUUAGUCUAUGAUGAAAAUCAUAUUAAAAUAGAAAUAAUCAACAUAUACCAUGGACACAAAUGUAAGAUAUAUUGAAAAUACAUAUCAUUCAAAACAAUACAUGGAUUUUAUAAGUUGGUUAUAUAUAAUACGUGUUCAGACGAAAUGAUCUCAGUCUGAAAAUAUUACUCUUGAAUGUAACUUCACCUUCUAAUAAAAUAAAUAACUACACAAUCCAUUCAAUUAGUUCCCUUUAUGAAUUUAAAUAAAGCCGGAACAACUACACAUUUUGUUACAUGUUAUUUUUUAAGCUCAAUUAUUAACAAUUUACUGUAUGAAUGUGACAAUAAUAAUAGUAAUAAUUUAUAUUUAUAUGUUUUAACUGUGGUCUUAGUUUACCAUUUAAACUUCAAUGGAACAAUUCAUUUACAGGUAAGUAGUUAAUUACAGUUUGAUAAUAAAUACGUUAGUACUUCACUGGAACUAAUUCAUCAUCGUGAUGCUCAUUUUUGUUCAUGAGAUAAUAAACAUCGGCAUUGAAUUGGUGACUGAAUGAUCGACUCAAAACUCUAGAUGGGCGGGAUAUAAGCAUUGGAUCCUAUAAUUUUAUUCAUUUAUAGCUUGUUAUUUUGUUAUGUCGUUGAAGGUGAUAAAAACACAUCAAUAGAUGUACUUGAGUUUUUAUUAAAACCAUGAAUGGAUCUAUGCUAGACAACUAUUAAAAACCUAGAAGCACUAGACGGCUGUCUGGUUCCAGUAUGAAACGCCUCACAGUACACAUGCACGAUCACUCACACGGAACUUGAGUCUAGGACCUUCGGCUUCGAAUUUCAAAUUGGUCAUAUCAUUGAUUGGCAUUAUUACUUAAUUAAACAUCAUUGCUAUGUCUCAAUAGGCAUCAUCUUCCGAACAUUAGGUUAUCCUGUUGAUCAUUUCGUUGAUUUCUCACAAACUACUUUUCUUUGCUUACUUAAUUAACUCAUAAACUAUAAAAUUCAAUAAUCGUCAUAAAAAAAUUAAACUAAUAAUUAUACUCUCACUAGUGAAUAAUUUCGAAAAGUAGUUUCUGGAGUUUUAAUGUGUAACCGUGACCAGUGAAAUCCAACCAUUAUUGGGUGUGAUGCUGUCAGUUGCGUAGUAUCACAGAUUAACUGAAGUUAAAUAUAUGUCAUUGAAUGUUGUCUAACCACUCUGGAGAUCAACGCGAGAUCUGCAGGUCAUUUGUCCGAUCCGCUAUCGGGUCGUAAAUGUGCAUUCCUGAUGAGUUUUAUAAUACAACACGACAGUUGUCCACUCCUUUCUGGUUUUCAAUAGUCACCUAAGAUCGGUCUGUAAUAUAAACUCAUGAUUUGAUUACACUAUAAAUUUGAGUUAGUGAAUUUGAGCAGUUCAAAUAUUAUCUAUUUCAUGUCCCCAUUUUUCUACUUUUGAAAUAGAAUUGUUCUCUAAUUCAGUGCCUACAUUCAGUUCCUACAGCUGGACAAUCUUUUCAUUGGUCUAGUGGAAUCAUGCUGUUUAUAUUCAUUACUGUAUGUUGUAUAUUCAGUAUCUACCUGUUUCGACGUAUCGGUAUUCAUAAAUGUAUUAAAAUUCGACGACGUUAUCAGCCAUUCGAUAGGUAUCGUACAUCACGUAAACGUAAAACAACAUUAUAUCUUGGCAGCACAACCAGUACCACCGAUAUCGUGAACAAUAUUCAUAAUAAUAUCAACGAAGCCGAAUCGUCAUCGACAACUGAUGACAUUCCUGAUAGUUUUCUGUCAUCUGAGCCGCCAAUCAAACGAACUGAUGUUCAUAAUAAUGAUAAUCUCACUUCGUUGCAAAUUAGUGGACCAAGAAAGUUGAAUAGUAGUAAUGGUAAUAAUAUGGUUUUUCCAACUAAAUCAAAUGAUAAAUUUACAUUGUCAGCUUUAAACUUAAGUCGUACCGCUGCUUCAAUUGGUUUUAUGAAUCCUAUCUACGUACCAUUGAACGAUAAAUAUGCAGAAGAUAAUUAUGAUCCAGAGCCAAUAAAUUAAAUCAUCAUUCGUACAUUUUCUUGGUUGUUUAUCUCUAAGAUAAACAUACAAAUAAAUAAACAGAAAUAUACGCGUAUAUUUUCCAUGUCCAUAUCACAGUUUCAGUCUUUCGGUUAUUGAAUAAAGUAAUUGUCAAAAAAAUUUCCUGAUGGUACAUAGUAAAUUACUCGAUAACACCACUUAAUUUUUUACGUUACCAUACAGUAAUCAUCAUUGUUUAUGUUUCAUUGCGCUUAUUAUGUUGCUUUUGUGCCUUUUUUGUGAAUGAAUAUGUCGAUAUGAAAAUAUGAAACGACUUUAUUAUUAUUGUUAUUAUUAUUACUAUUAAUGUGCAGUAGGCUCACUCCUUUUUUGCACUGCCAGUGUAAUCAGAUCUGCACAUUCCUUUUCUGAUUUCAUGAAAAGCUUUUUUUCUCAGUUUCGUUAUCCUCCUCACCCAUUUCUCCUUCUUUGGGUGUGUGUAUUUUUCUUGCCUACCAAGGCGAAACUAUUGCUAUCGUUUUUCUUGUCCCUCGUACCCUGCCUUUCUAGUACUCAUUCAACGUCUUUCUCAUAUAUAUAUAUAUAUAUAUAUAUAUAUAUAUAUAUAUAUAUAAUACACAUGCGCCCCUGUUCACUCACUCAGAUAACUGAGUAGAACAGUUUCGCUCACAUAACUCAUGUAUUCCUUUUUCACAUUAUUGUUUCCCACCAUCAUCCGUCUCUUCUGUUUAAUUUAUUUGGCUGUGCUGCAUACCAUUAGAUAAGUAAUAUAUUUUUGUUGAACUACUGAAAUUAUUGUAUUUACUAAUACAACAUUCUGAACUCAGCAACUCACGAAAAUUGCUGUUAUGUUUAGUGAUAGGUGUUUAAUGAGAAAAAGAAUCUCACGUUCAAUCAAAUACCUUCUAGCUGUGUUCAAAUGAAAGGUUAGCUGAAGUGUUGAAUAUGUAUUCAGCCGUGCGAAUCAAUACUUUUCCAAUUGCUGAUAAAUAAGAAUUUCAGAAGCUUAACUGAGAUAUCUUUAAAUCGUGAAAUAACUCAUCAUUGACAUGCUGUACAUAGUCAGAUUUAAGCUAAAUACUUCCUUUGACAUCUGGUGCAUCAUGAACAAGGUGAACUCGUUAUUAGAGGUGUGUGGGUGAUCCUUGCGUCUUGGUCACGUAAAUUGCGGAUUUGGCCUGACAAUUUCAUCUUGCUGUGCUAAUGGGGUAUGGCAGUUUGAACCAAUAUACAUACGUACACCUUGCGACUGACAAUGCGGAAGAAUACUUCUUGAGGUACCUAUAAACAAAACUUGUUUUGUAAGUAGUCUUUCUGACAAUAAAUGGUAUCUACAGAGGCAAAAGGAUAACUAAUCGAGGCCAGUCACACUUUUUUUUCAAGUGGUCCUUGUUGCGUUAGCUCCGUACUUUUAAGUUCUUACUCCUGACAAUCGAAGUCCGUGUUGCAAAGGGAAUUAUGGUAUUUCCUGAAACUACGUUUUUAACCCGUUCUUUCCAUUGUGCGAAGGCAGAUACUUACUUCUGAGUGAAGCGUGUUACUGCCAUCACACUACAGAACAGUUUGAUUUCGCCUUCGGCCCACGAGUUUUUUAUUUUGCCACUUUCAAACUGAGUACUUUGGUAUGGUAGAAAUUUUUGAAGUUGAUGUUGUGGCACAUUGUUGUUUGGUUGGAUCACCCCGAUAUGCAAACUCGACCCACAAUUUAAGAUAGCAGUUAUGCUCAAGCCAUCUAUACUCACCAUCCUUGGGACGUGAGUUGUAUAGUGAUUUAUUUCAUUGUUUCCUUAACUGACUCCAGUUAAUGAUGAAAAUGAACUAGAAAAACCUUGAUAUUUAUGAUGUGAGAAAACAAUGUUACUGCGUAUAUUCUUCUUUAUAAACUGCAUUAAAUGCUUAAAUAUCUUGUGUGAGCUUAUUAUUUAACUAUAUCAACUGAUAUGACUCAUACAUUGCAUUCUAAAAAAAUACAUUUGUAUAUGAAGUGUGCCGUUUUUACAUCUUGUUUUUCGAGAACUGUAGUUUUGUGGAUAAUCCAAC